AUGGUGCCCAGACGGCCUGGCUAUGGCACCAUGGGAAAGCCCAUCAAGCUGCUGGCCAAUUGCUUUCAAGUGGAAAUCCCAAAGAUUGACGUUUACCUCUAUGAGGUGGACAUUAAACCAGACAAAUGUCCUCGCAGAGUUAACAGGGAAGUUGUUGAUUCGAUGGUCCAGCAUUUCAAAGUCACCAUAUUUGGUGACCGUCGACCGGUUUAUGAUGGAAAAAGAAGCUUGUAUACUGCCAAUCCACUGCCUGUAGCAUCUACUGGGGUGGAUUUGGAUGUAACAUUACCAGGAGAAGGAGGGAAAGAUCGUCCCUUUAAGGUCUCCAUCAAAUUUGUUUCUCGUAUAAGCUGGCACCUGCUGCAUGAAGUACUAACUGGAAGGUCCCUCCCCGAGCCUUUGGAACUGGACAAGCCAAUAAGCACCAACCCAGUCCAUGCCGUUGAUGUUAGGUACACCCCUGUAGGACGCUCGUUCUUUUCUGCACCUGAAGGGUAUGAUCACCCCUUGGGGGGCGGAAGAGAAGUCUGGUUUGGAUUCCAUCAAUCUGUCCGACCUGCCAUGUGGAAAAUGAUGCUUAAUAUAGAUGUUUCUGCCACUGCCUUCUACAAAGCACAACCAGUUAUCCAGUUCAUGUGUGAAGUUCUAGAUAUCCAUAACAUAGAUGAACAACCACGACCUCUGACCGAUUCUCACCGGGUAAAAUUCACCAAAGAGAUUAAGGGUCUGAAGGUUGAAGUGACUCAUUGUGGAACAAUGAGACGGAAAUACCGUGUUUGUAAUGUGACAAGGAGGCCUGCCAGCCAUCAAACCUUUCCUUUACAGCUGGAGAAUGGGCAGACCGUGGAAAGAACAGUUGCUCAGUACUUUAGAGAAAAGUAUAAUCUCCAGCUGAAGUAUCCUCAUUUGCCUUGUCUGCAAGUUGGACAGGAACAAAAACACACAUACCUGCCUCUAGAAGUCUGUAACAUUGUAGCUGGCCAACGAUGUAUUAAGAAGCUGACUGACAAUCAGACAUCCACAAUGAUCAAAGCAACAGCUCGGUCUGCCCCAGACAGACAGGAGGAGAUCAGUAGAUUGGUUAGAAGUGCAAAUUAUGAUGCAGAUCCCUUUGUUCAAGAAUUCCAGUUUAAGGUUCGAGAUGAAAUGGCUCAUGUGACGGGAAGAGUACUUCCAGCGCCAAUGUUACAGUACGGGGGGAGGAAUCGCACAGUGGCAACUCCGAGUCAUGGGGUCUGGGACAUGCGGGGAAAACAAUUCCACACUGGUGUGGAGAUCAAAAUGUGGGCCAUUGCAUGCUUUGCAACGCAAAGGCAGUGCCGGGAAGAAAUCUUGAAAGGAUUCACAGACCAGCUGAGGAAGAUUUCAAAGGAUGCUGGGAUGCCCAUUCAGGGUCAGCCAUGCUUCUGUAAAUACGCGCAGGGCGCGGACAGUGUGGAGCCAAUGUUCAGACACCUCAAAAACACUUACUCUGGGCUCCAGCUCAUUAUUGUCAUACUGCCAGGAAAAACACCAGUAUAUGCGGAGGUAAAGCGUGUUGGAGACACAUUGCUGGGUAUGGCUACUCAGUGUGUCCAAGUGAAGAAUGUAAUAAAAACAUCUCCUCAAACGCUUUCAAAUUUGUGCCUAAAAAUUAAUGUAAAAUUGGGAGGAAUUAACAAUAUCUUAGUUCCACACCAACGACCGUCUGUUUUCCAACAACCUGUGAUCUUCCUAGGAGCAGAUGUUACUCACCCCUCCUGCUGGUGA